AGGCAGACUCUCCUUGCAGUUUGCAAGAGGAACGCAAGGUGCGUCGACACCACUCUUGGAAAAGGGACGAUAUAGCUCACGACGGACGAAACAAGUGUUGUUCUUGCAUGAAGGACGAAGUUGUAUCAGACUUCGCCAGCAGGACCGCUUGAAGUAGACAGCAGCCGCGGGGUGAGACAAGUAGACAGCAGCCGCGGGGUGAGACAUCCGAGUGGGCGUGGAGAGGGCAGCCCAGAAGCAGUUCCUAGCGGGCCGCUUGAAGCACCAGCAAGCAACAGGAGGAGAAUGGGUGGCGCAGAGCGGGAUCCCGGGAGUGUCAGUAGGAAAGGAAGGAUUUUCAUGGGAAUGCUCGCGCUUCAGUUCGGGCUCCAGCCGGUGUUGCAGAAGGCUUGCGUGGACAAGCAUAGCGUGGACCGCAUGUCCCUCAUCAUUGUCACCGAAAUGACCAAGAUCACCCUUUGCGUGUUCGUUAUCUGGUCGUCUGGGUCAAAGGUGUAUCGACCCAUGCUUGAAUCGUGGACCCUUCGAGGGAGCCUCGAGGCGGCGGCGCUACCGGCCGCCGGGUACGCCUUGCAGAACUGGCUAUCCCAGCUGGCCUACAUGAACCUGGACUCCCUGACGUUCAACCUCCUCAAUCAAACCAAGACCCUCUUCGCGGCGCUCUGCCUGUACCUCGUCAUGGGCAAGAAGCAGUCCCGCUUGCAGCUCGUCGCCCUCUCGCUCUUGCUAGCGGCGGCCCUUCUCCUCAACUCAGGUAGCAGUGGCGGCGAUUCAAAGGCAGGCACUGGGGAAAGGGGGCUGUUAACGUCGGAGGCAGAGGAUUCUGCGCGACUCUGGCUAGGCGUGCUCCCUGUCAUGGCGGCGGCCCUAAUGUCCGGGUUGAUGGGAGCGGUAACCCAGAGGACGCUGCAGAGGAGCGGCCGCAAUUCUUCUCAGCUUUCUCUCGAGCUAGCCGUGUACGGCGUCUUAACCUUGCUGCUAACAUCGGGAUCCGGGAUCGGUGGGUCAGACGCCGUGACGUCAGCGGGAAGAAGUAGUGCAUUCCAGGGAUGGACGAAGUGGACUUGCGUACCCGUGCUCAGUCAAGCGGCAGGCGGAUUGAUCGUGGGCCAGGUGACGAAGCACGCUGGGAGCGUCCAGAAGGGUUUUGCCUUGAUAGGAGGUAUCCUCGUGACGGCGGCAGUGCAGAGCACUAUGGAGAAGUCGGCUCUCACCAUGACGCACUGGACGGCGGCCGCGCUUGUCGCUGGAGGCACCUACCUGCACGCCAACUUCCCCCACCAGGGCCCCAAGAAACCAGAGAAGAUGCUUUGAUCACACCGUUGGCCAAUCAGCUGUGCAUGGAUACACCCCACAGGGGGCUACGAGCCUUUGGAUGCCCUGGUGGUACCUGGCCAAGGAGGGGAUAGCCUAAAUUGUCCGCGGUGGGAUACGCUGCACUGGCCAGAACCCAGUGAAAGCCCUGGAAGUUUCGUGGCAGGGUUGUGGGACGGGACGAGGGGAGUGCCGAAAAGAGACCACAGGCCACACCUACAUUGUCAUGCACAAACUCUUCUUUUUUUUGUUUCACCUGUUGGGGUAUGUCGCAACUGCUCUGCUUCUGAUAGGGCAAUUUGUUGCCUGAACGCCAGAAAAUGUAGAUCGAGUGGGCCCCUUGGUUUAAGAUGACAAAGUUGGGGGGAAAAAUACGACAUUGCGAGGAGAUGUCAGCGGUCUACCUCAAGGAACAAACGGCAGAUUGAACGGCACAGCGAGUUCGUGCGUAGGAGUAGGAGAUUCAGUACUUGUAGUCCCCUGGUAAGUCAGCCCCUCGUCGCCUUUGUUAGCAUCGAAAGGGAUUGUUUAUGCGGGCUAGUCAAGCGUCAGUCCUUGAAGGUGCAUACCAGUAGUAUUGUCCUUGAAGGUGCAUAACAGUAGUAUUUGGAGUCACAUACGUAUGAACGACAAUAUUUCGCUUCCUAUCGUUUUUUUCGUUUUUCGUGUUGAGGCAAGUUGAGGAGAGAUUCAGGGGCAAAAAGAAAUUGAUUUUUGGGUUUUCGUAACUACAGUGGAGAGUUGUGAAAAACGUUGAGGGUCGAUUUGAAACCAUCGGGGAACAGUGUUUUGUGCUGUCAUCCACAUGGUAGAUUACCGGUGCUAUUCCUUGAUUCUACGAGUGGAGUGCCGACAAAGAUCGAAACAAGGGGGAGGAAGCUGAUGGCAUUCACGAAGAACGAACUGCGAGACG